AAAACCCGACUAAUUAUCUCAGUUACCUUUGAAAACAGUCGAGAGAGAGUAAAGCGUUUCUAAAUACGUAAAACUUAUAGUCUGGAGAAAAUACAGAAAUAGGUAAAAACGUAAUGAAACUGUUACGAGAACUUUACGUCAGCUGUUGAGUCUGAUUCAGCUCCUCGCCGCCUCUUGCUCCUCUAUCGUCUCCUUCACAACUGUGUGCGAGGAACACUUCAAAAUACUCGCACAAACAAGAUUAAUGUUUUGUAGCAUAUGGGUAUAGUACAUCAAGUUGUGUCACGAGAGGCGAUUUUAGAAUGUGAAUCUCCAGAGAACAGUGGGAGAGUUGAUGGACCCUUACAUUAAAACACCCAGGGGUCACCAGUAACUAGGCCCAUAACAAACAUGCACACUAUCUGUCCAACGUCUCCACCCGCUAACGUGAAUGUUAAAUGAAGAAGGUUUGCUUUGAUAACGAGAUUAAGAGGAAUGAUCUCAAGUGUGUAUUUGUGUGUAUGUGUGUGUGUGUGUGUGUGUGUGUGUGUGUGUGUGUGUGUGUGUGUGUCGCAAGAGAGAGAGAGAGAGAGUGAGAGAAGACCCCGGAAGCGCUGCUUAGACUGUCCAUACUGUCCAUACUGGCCGACGUAGCACAGUACAUCCUCUUCGGUCAAUUCUGCCGCCACUGACAACCUCGAUGUCACUCAGAUAUGAUUAAAGACUAAAGACAUACUUUUGAGACAAAGGAACGCCAAAUGAGGGGCACUUUUAUGAGGUAAAAUUGUUAAGGCCACAAAACACAACACACCUGUCAGCCAGGUGAUGUAGUUCUCACCACCACCAUCACGUAAUGAAUUUAGUGCAUAGAAAUAAUCGACAGCUGUGAAAUUUUUACUGUGAGAGAGGCAGAUAGUACGAACGAUUUACCUACAUAAAUAUAAUAACUUUGAAUACUAUUGAUUCAACACUACCCGCCUAAACAAGCGUGAAAGAAGAAAGAAAAAAAAGAAAGAUUUCGAUAUUACUGAUACAACCAUAUUUCACCUAAACAUACAAGAAAGGAAGGAAGGAAGGAAGAAAACACAUGAAACGCGUUCCGUUACCUUCUGUAACUAUGUCUGUCUGCAAAUAGUACACCAGUGAUAGUCAACCUGAGGUACGGUGCAUCUCAGGGUGCGAGAAGUUUUCAAACGGUGUUUGGAAAUAAUGGAGUCCAUGGAGUACAUGACAUUACCAGUGUGUAUAAGAGUGCACAGUAGGAAAAAAUGUUUUGGGAAGAAAAUUGUGUCAUGUAAGAAAUUAAUCUAAAUUGAAAUUAAAAUACUACCAAUUUAUGUAUCAUAUUACACUCGCACCUCACAGAUUUAAGAUGUAGCAUUUUGUUUUGUAAUGCAUUUAUCACCUAUAUAACAAUUAUUUAUGACUGAGUAUCUAUUUUAUAUGUUUUAAACAGGAACGGUGUCACAUAAUUAAUAAUAAUAUGUAUUGUAUUUAUAAUGCCUUGCCUGAUUAGCAAUAUAAGUGUAUGUAUACAUAUAUGCAUAAGUGUAGAUAGUGGGUGUUGGCAGAUAAGGGUGGGGCUGAUAUGAUCACACCACCCUACGUCACACACACACCAUGGAACUUUCCAUACUCCUUUUAUUGCCAUCGAUAAUUAAUCGGUAGCACCUACAUCAUAGUACUAAGUAUUCUCCAUAAUUAAUCUCUCCCUAAUGUAUUUUGGCAUGUAUCAUUCUUAGCUAUAAGUAGCUUUUCCCUUGCCUUAUUUAUGUAAUUAGAGAGUUAUAAUUAUAAAUAUAUUCAUGUACUGUGAGUGCGGUCAACCCGCCGCUAUUUCUACUGUCAGCACUUUUUGAAGGCGCUAAGCGUCCCUUGUGCCGGCUCCGGCAGUCUCUUGCCAGGGUGUAACGCUGUACCACGCAGAGGACAUCCGUUGUCCCGUACACGCCACACCCUUCUCCACAACUCUGUACAAAUAUCUAAAUAUAAAUAUUUUUAUACGUUCACCUUUGACAUUCACCUGAAAACCACAGAAACUCACCAAGAGUGACUUUACCUAUUACACAAAGUUGCGCCAUGAAAACGACCAACGUGAUGAAGGGUGCAGUGAUGACUGUCAGUGUGGUGGCCUUCGUGGUGCUGUUCGCUUAUGGUCUAUCCAACACGUCUUCCAGCAUCUUCAUCGAAAGAAUAAGCUCUGCGCCGCAGUGCCGCGUGCCGGGCCUGCAGAGCAUCGAGCAGUACCGGGCAUACCUGCACAACACGGAGAUCACAUGCAAGAACCUGAAGCCGUUUGGAGGCAAGCGGCCAGCACCAAAAGCUGGGAUGAAGAUGGUGUGUCUUGACGACAAAUUCAACAUCCGACCAGGGAACUGCGUGGUAUUCUCCUUUGGUGUGGGCAAUGAGUGGUCCUUCGAGGAUGAGUUUGAUAAGUUUGGAUGCAAAGUGUAUGCCUACGAUCCCACCAUGGGGAAGAAGGACCACCAGCGCUCCCCCAACAUCAAGUUCUUUGCUACAGGCAUCGGCAGCUUCAAUGGCACAAGGAACGUCGGGAUGGGGAAAAAAUGGAGUAUGCAAAAUGUGGACCGCUUCGAGAACCUGGUGCGGCAGGCGGGCGAGGAGGGACGGCAGAUCGACUAUGUGAAGUUGGACGUAGAGCUUUCGGAGAUCGACUUCCUGCAAGACAUGCUGUUCAACUCGCCACACGUCCUGGCCAGGAUUAAGCAGAUAGCAAUGGAAGUCCAUGACGGGCCAUUUAAAGUUGGGACACCGGCAAAUGGCAAGAAAAAAAGUCCACUGAGUUGCCGGUCCCUGAACAAAGUCAACUGUGGUCGUCAGAAAUGAAAGGAUAAGUGUCUUGAAACCUCCCUCUUGAAAGAGUUCAAGUCAUAGGAAGGAAAAAAUACAGAAGCAGGAAGGGAAUUACGGAGUUAACCAAAGAAAUGGAUGAAUGAUUGAGAAUGCUUGCAUUAAAGAGAUGGAUAGAAUAGGGGUGAGAGAAAGAAGAAAGUCUUGUGUAACAAGGCCGCAGGAGGAGGGGAGGCAUACAGUCAGCAAGACUAGGAGAGCAGUUAGCAUGAAAAUAGCGGUAGAAGACAGCUAAAGAUGCAACAUUGCGGCGUUGAGAAAGAGGCUAAAGACAGUCAGUUAGAGGAGAGGAGUUCAUAAGACGAAAAGCUUUUUGAUUCCACCCUGUCUAAAAGAGCAGUAUGAGUGGAACCCGCCCAUACAUGUGAAGCAUACUCCAUACAUGGACAGAUAAGGGCCCCUUUAUAGAGUUAGCAGCUGGGAGUGAGAGAAAAACUGGCGGAGACGUCUCAGAACGCCUAACUUCAUAGAAGCUGUUGUAGCUAGAGAUGAGAUGUGAAGUUUACAGUUAAGAUUAUAAAUAAAGGACAGAUCGAGGAUGUUUAGUGUAAAAGAGGGGGACAGUUGAGUGUCACUGAAGAAGAGGGGAUAGUUAUCUGGAAGGCUGUGUCGAGUUGAUAGAUGGGGGAAUUGAGUUUUUGAGACAUUGAACAAUGCUAAGAUUGUUCUGGCCCGAUCAGAAAUUUUAGAGAGAUCAGAAGUCAGACGUCCAGUGGCUUCCUUGCAUGAACUGUUUACUUCUUGAAGGGUUGGACAUCAACGAAAAGCCGUGGAAAAGUGCAGGGUGGUAUCAUCAGCGUAGGAGUGUACAGGACAAGAAGUUUGGUCUAGAAGAUCAUUGAUGAAAAAUAGGAAGAGAGUGGGUGUCAGGACAGAACUCUGAGGAACAUCAUUGUUAAUAGACUUAGGAGAAGAACAGUGAUUGUCUACCACAGCAGCAACAGAACAGUGAGAAAGGAAACUUGAGGUGAAGUUACAGCGAGAAGGAUAGAAGUCAUAGGAGGGUAGUUUGAAAAUCAAAACUUUGUGCCAGACUCUAGCAAAAGUUUUUGAUAUGUCUAAAGCAACAGCAAAAGUUUCACCAAAAUUCCCUAAAAGGGGAUGACCAAGACUAACUAAGGAAAGCCUGAGGAUCACCAGUAGAACGGCCUCGACGGAACCCAUACUGGCGAUCAGAUAGGAGGUUGUGAAGUGAUAAGAUGUUGUCUCUCAGACGAGAUUAUACUCUACAACGUUACUGUGUGAGGAUUAUAUUGAUAUAUAAAACUUGAACCUAAACUAAUGGAAUAAAUGCAUAUACGAAUAAAUGAAUAACAUAU